AUGUUCUUGGCAAAAACAUUGAGUGGAGGGGGCAUUAAUAAGGAAAUUACUGAAGUCAAUUGUACUGCAUUUGCUAUGUUUUUAGAAGAAGUGAAAGCAGACUAUCAAAAUGCUAGUCCUCAAUUAUGCACUGUGCUAGACAAGUUUGCAGAGAGAUAUAUAUCCUUCAACCCAACAGCCCAUGUUAAAAGUGGUUCAAUGAUAUGUGUUCAGGUUGAAUCUGUUAAAAGACGAAUGACCAAAGGUUCUGGUGGUAGAAAGCAAAAACUACCUGUGAAGAAAAGAGAAUUUGGAUCCUCACAUUAUUCCUGCACAAAAGAAGAGGGCAACAGCUAA